AUGCAGCCAACCAAAUAUUGUAACAUUGGUGGACUGGUGCACACAACGGUGGCUGUGGAAUACAUCCCCCACCAGCUUGACAUGCUAGUGUUUGAGUCGAAAGAACCAAUUUCGGUUCGUCGUGCUCUGGAGCUACCGCGUAAUGCUUCGCGAGGUGUCGCCCAGUUGCACGAUGCUCCAAAAGCCCCCUUUGCGCACACCGAUCUGCAAGUGCGCCAGUUUCUGGUCGAUACCGAUGGCACGUGGAAGCUGAACGACUUUAAUCGCGUAAAGGACGCGGGACUGCGCUUGGUGGACGGUGUACCAAGUGGUGAAAAAUUGGCUGACGAGAUUGAACGUAUUUUGGCGAGCUAUAGAGAUAGCAGAUAG